UCUUGAAACUGCGUGUGUGUUGGAUGGGGCGAGUCCGGGAAUCAUAGCAAACAAGCCCAAACACCUCGCAAUAUUAAAUCCUUGUGGGCCUUUGAGUAGAUUAGCAAGGAGGAACAGACUGUUUUUUUUUUUUCAAAGUACUCCAAUUUCCUCCCACAUUCCAAAAACAUGCAUGACAUAUUUGGCACACUCUAAAUCAGGGGUGGGAAAACCUUUUGGAUCGGGGGGCCACAUUGAUUUCUAAAUUUGACAGGUCAGCACAAGAUACGGUACAUAUAAAAAAUAGUAUAUGUCGACAGUCCAUACCAAACAUCAACAGAACAAAAGCCUUAAAGUAUUACCAUACUUUUUUUGAAUGAGAACAGUGAAACAGCUAUGGUAUAUGUUCUGUAUGAACGUCCAAGUAUGUUAACAACAUACGUGUGACAACACAAGCAACAAAGUGCAACAAUAUAUUGCCCAAAAACUGCAGCAUACAGUACAGGUACAGUAUAUGACAAAAUACAACCAAGUUAGGACUAUUUGCUACAAAAUGAGACAAGUAAAAGACCUGGUGGCUUUCUUUCCACUCACUCACUGUCUCGAACUUGACCUCCCCUCGAUCACCACACAAGACAGCGUUUCUCAGCUGAUGUCGUGCAACAAAUUUUUGAAGCCAGCCACAAGACGCUUCAAAGUCUUUGAUGCCCAUAGUGCGAUGGAACUCGCUUCCUCUCUUAUUCGCGGCACAGUUUGCGGAAAGUUUUUAGCACGAUAACAGUCAAACCAUUCCAGGAAACGUUUGUUUACUCGACUGUCCGUCAAGCCGCAAGCAAUUCACUCUGAGCAUGGAAAUACUGUCGUCGGAAUCGGAAUUUAGCAAGAAUCGCUUCCUUGUUUUUCAAAGUCUCAUAAAUUUGAGACAUUCAGACUCCAAUCGUCUCUUGAAUGUUUCGUACUUUGUACCCCGCUUCGUUCAAUCAGAUACACUUCACUUUCUCUUCCGUGGCCAUUACUGUUCCUCUUCUUUUGGAUGCCAUGAUCUACAAGAAGGAAAAAUUUUCGCGAUUCCAGUAAAAAUCACUGCAAUAAAGAGUCACUUGGAUGUGGCUGUUUUGGAUCCAAUGAUAGAAAAUAGCGUUGUGGACACACUUCUUCUGUCGUAUCGAGCGGGAAUUGUUUGAGUUGACGCGACUGCGGGCUUUCGUAUCGUCUCCCCCUCCUUACCUGUGCUCUGCAACUUCAAGUAACUGCGUCACCUGGCAUUGAAAUGCCUGCCAUUACACACCCAAAUUAAAUAAAUGCAAUCAUUUACAUCAAACCUUAAUUAUGUACCAACUUUUGGCGGGCCGGAUUAAAAAGACCAACGGGCCGGGCCCGGCCCGCCGACCGUAGUUUGCCCACCUCUGCUCUAAAUUGUCCCGAGGUGUGAGCGCGAGCGCGAAUGUGUUACUCGUCUUUGUGUGCCCUGCGAAUGAUUGGAUGGAUUACAUGUUUCCAGUUUCUUGCAGCUAGUCGAGAGUUGUAAAGGAACCGUUUUGGUACUCAAUGUAUGCAUGCUCUGCUGAAAUGCCAGGGGAGCUCCAGUGAUGGUCAUGAUGCGUCUAUUGUGGAGAAAACCUACUAUAACAAGAUGCUUUACCUAGAAUACAACAGCACCUGGGGAAAUGUUACUGGCUCCACAAAGAUGGCAAGGAAAGUUGCAGAUAUUCUGAACAUGUACUAUUAUUUGAAAGGCCUUAGAGAAACUCUAGAACACUGCAAGACAUGGAUCACUCGUGCAUACAGCAUCUUAGCCCAGAAAGUUGAGCCGAAGGUUCGACUGCGAUUAACCGAGGCGCAGGCGGACAGCAAGCAUCCAACGACCCUCAUCUGCAGCGUCUACAAUUUCUAUCCAAAGGACAUUUUGGUGACGUGGCUCAAGAACGGCGAGAAGGUUACGUCUAAAGUGACGUCCACCGACUCCCUACCCAAUGGCAAUUGGCUCUAUCAGAGGCACUCGUACUUGGAGUACACGCCGACGCACUGGGACAAAAUCAGCUGCGUGGUGGAGCACCCCAGCCUCGAGAAGCCGAGGAUUUAUGACUGGGAGCCUACGCCGGAGUCUGUGAAGAAUAAGAUCAUACUGGGAACAAUGGGGCUGAUCGUGGGUCUGGUUUCUUUCGCUGCUGGCCUGAUUUGCUACAGAAGGAAUGUGCCUGGGCGAGAGAGAGUUUCGGCAAAUGAUGACAGAAGGGAUGUGCAGUCAGGGGAAGGAGGGGAGGCAGAGACUCACCUGCACCACGAAGAGUAAAACGAUAAUAAUAAUAAUGGUUGAAUAACAUUCUUUUCAAUGUUAGUUCACUGGUCUGUUCUUCAUAAUAACUUUAUGUUUGUCAGCGCCCCCAAAUCAAAACCUCUGGUCCUCAUUUGAGAAUCAUGCCAAAUUCAUGUGCACAUUUGCUUAUCACCAUGCUUCCUGAAAAUCAAAGUUAAGCUAUGUUGUUCGUAUUGAGCACACUUUAAGGAAGCAAAUGAACUAACUGCUUUAGAUUCUGUUUCUUUUUUUUUUUCAUUUUGGUCAUUAAAAGCCUGAGUUUGCUA